AUGGCCGCCCCGGAAGCUCAUCAUCUUUUUCACAACCCAAUUGCCGAUCACUCGUUCUCAUCUGACAAGUCGACCCUCGCCGUUGCGCGGGAUAGCAAUGUAGAGCUCUACCAAAAGUCAGGCAACAAGUUCUCGUUGACCGAUGAGCUGAAGGGUCAUGAGAAGACAGUGACUGGAGUAGACAUUGCUCCCAACAGUGGCCGUAUUGUUACUUGUUCGCAGGACCGCAACGCCUACGUCUGGGAACGGACUGCCUCAGGGUGGAAACCGACGCUUGUCCUUCUUCGGAUUAAUAGAGCGGCCACUUUCGUGCGGUGGUCACCAUCUGAGCAGAAGUUCGCUGUUGGCUCCGGUGCCCGCGUCAUUGCGGUAUGCUACUUUGAGGAAGAGAAUGACUGGUGGAUCUCGAAGCACCUGAAGAAGCCCAUCCGGAGCACUAUUACCACUCUCGCGUGGCAUCCGAACUCCGUCCUCCUGGCUGCAGGCUCGACCGAUUCUCACGCCCGAGUCCUUUCUAGCUUCAUCAAGGGCGUCGAUACACGCCCGGAGCCGAGCGCCUGGGGCGAACGCCUGCCAUUUAACACAAUCUGCGGUGAAUUCCUGAAUGAUUCGGCAGGUUGGAUCCAGGGAUUAUCCUUUUCUCCCAGUGGGGAUGCGCUUGCCUUCACUGGUCAUGACAGCAGCGUCACUGUCGUAUACCCGAGUGCGCCGGACCAACCUCCUCGGGCGAUGUUGACCAUCGCCACUCGCCUUCUACCAUUUAACAGUCUCAUUUGGAAUGGGGAAAAUGAGAUCAUCGCUGCUGGCCAUGAUUGCGAACCGUACCGUCUUCGUGGUGAUGAGAGUGGAUGGCAGCUUACCGGGACCAUCGAGAACAAGGAAGGGCCAGGUGCUGGGAGCGCUCGCGAAGAGUCUGCGCUUCACAUGUUCCGCCAAAUGGAUCUCAAAGGACAAACCCAAGCCGAUACCCAGCUCAAGACCACCCACCAAAAUACCAUUAGCACGGUUAGGGUCUAUGAAUCGGCCGAUGGUGCUGUGCGCCAGUUUAGCAAAUCUAUCUAUCUUAGGGCUCCUAGGUCCAUCACUCAUACCGUCAAAGACCAUGAAGAGCAUUUCAGCGCGAUGAUAGCUUCUUACGCGACUUGCUUUCUGUUUCCCUCCAUUUUUACCUACUUCUCCUUUAUCUUGCCGGUUCAUGCGUUCGUUCGCCUUGAAGCGGACCCGAUAUCUCCUAGUCAUGCCCUACGGCCUGUCCCCCCGAGCCUAUAUAACACACUGGAAGAGCUUGCGCGCGUGGUCGAUGUCUCGUACUGUGUUGGAAGCACGGGGCUUCAGAAGCCCUUCGAAUGCCUGAGUCACUGCGGUGAUCUCAAGGGGUUUGAACUAUUAACUACAUGGAAUACCGGCCCAUUCCUUUCGGAUUCCUGUGGCUACAUUGCGCUCUCCCACUUGCCGUCCCCUAAGCGCAUCAUUGUUGCUUUCCGUGGCACCUACUCCAUCGCGAACACCAUUGUUGAUCUAUCAGCCUACCCGCAAACCUAUGUGCCAUACAAAACAGGACCCGAGGAUGGUGGCGAGGGGCCGAGAUGCUACAACUGUACUGUCCAUGCGGGGUUCAUGACAUCCUGGCUGAACACGCGCUCGAUGAUCCUCGACCAUGUCGCGGCCGCAAGAGAGCAAUACCCUGACCACGAGUUGGUCCUAGUUGGUCACUCGCUUGGUGGGGCGGUCGCUGCGCUUGCUGGGAUUGAGAUGCAGCUACGAGGCUGGGAACCUACGGUGACCACGUUUGGAGAACCAAAGGUUGGAAACAAGGGCUUCGCUGAGUUUCUCGCCAAGAUGUUUCGGCUGGAGGGUACAGCGGAGGACUUCUCAGCUCGAGAAUGGCGGUUUCGCAGGGUCACGCAUGUUCGUGAUCCUGUACCCCUCCUACCUCUGGAGGAGUGGGGAUAUGCAAUGCAUGCGGGGGAAAUAUUCAUCUCCAAAGAAGACCUUCCACCGUCCGUAGAUGAUGUCCAUUUCUGCGAGGGCCCUCAUGAUGCACGAUGCAUAUCCGGGGCGGAAGGAGAAAGGGCCGUGGCGAUCGCCCUCUUUGAAACGGCCUCUUUGGCCACGGACACGAAAGCACACGUCAAUUGGGAUCGCGCUUAUCCUAGUGAGCAGCAGGCCCUGUCGAGCGAACAUCAACCGUCCCUGCACCUACAGGAUGCGGACGCCCAGCACCGGGGCUUGUUCGAUCUACCCUGGCAUCUCAUCCCGUCGAAGUACCGACUGUGGGAACUCUUCUUUUCCCAUCGAGACUACUUCUGGCGCGUGGGUCUCUGCGUUCCUGGUGGCGACCCAACGGGUAAGGGGUGGUAGAUCUAGCCGAUCCGGAUGGCAGAUGCUCUUCGCGUCUCAGAGGAAUAACCAGAGUCAAAUAUGGCUGCGUAGCAAGCUGUUCGCAAUCAGUGCGGCUGUAGAAGACGGAAAUUAUUGAUGGCUUGAGAUCUUCUAAUGUGGCUCCAAAAUGGGUAUCCAGCAAUAAUGCGGCAUCAGCCUAGUGAAACGAUGAUCAACGAAAUAUACCAUUUUAUCUCUUUGCCCU